AUGGAACGCACUACUGAAACCUGCAGCACGAUGCCCUACACUCUCCCCGUAGUGAUUGUCAAUGACACCGAGGAUGCACUCACCGUAAUCGAGAAGACAUGUUGGUACUACGCCAACGGUGGCGCUUGGACCGAAGAUACCGGUCACAAGCUCACCCUCAUUCUCGGCGGAAGCGGCACAUCCGGUAUACUUCGAAUUAGGGCCUCGUCUGGCUACACUUUCAGCGUUGUCGUGGGGUACCAUAAUUCCGAUUUCGGGUGCGAUGCACAGGUUGAUCUCCCUGAUGAUGAUACGGCAGCCAAGCUACACCCGGAGCACUAUAACGGCGGGAAACUAUCAUCCGAGGCACAUCCCUCUAUUGAGCGAAAGAACUCAGCGGGGCGGAUGGUGAAGGUGCACUUGCAGAUUCUGCUGUGUGGAAUUCCCCCUGUUAUUAUCAAUCACUCGUGA